AUGAUGAUGAAACACGUGUGCAGCGAGGUGUUGAUAAAGGAGCAGACUCUCUCCAUCGAACAGAGUUACAGGCAGAUCACCAGCGAUACAUAUGCUUUCUCGGGCGCUGUCAACACCGUCGUGGCUACAACGGGGGUCAAUGGGAAGGAAGGGAAAGGAGGAAGGGAGAAGAUGGACAAGAAAAAGGAUGGCAAGCAGGAGAAGAAGCGAGCCCCCUUCAAGGGGCACUGCUACAUCUGCAGUGGGGAGGGGUACAUGGCUGCCAACUGCCCCAACAAGAAGGAGGAUACAACGCCCGCGGCAGCCGCGAACGUAGCUGAAGGAGAUGGGAAGGGCGUGGCGCUCACCGUCGCGUGUUCGGCUGCAAAGUUUCUGGCCAACGACAAGGACUUGUGGUUCCUUGACUCGGGAUGCUCCCAACACAUGACCGGCCGCAAGGAGUGGUUCACACUCACGGAUAAAGGAGAAAAUCUGCGAACCGAACAAGGUGUCACCCGCAUCAUCGCAUCGGGAGGACAAGUGGUUGCAACGGCACGCCACUGCCAUCGUCUUCUCUGCCUUGACCUGAAACCGUGGCCAGCAAGCAAUGGCACAACGGCUGCAGCGGCAUGCAACGGGACGGUGGCUGCAUCGGUUUGCAACGGCACGACGGCUGGAGCGGCAUGCAACGGCACGGUGGCUGCAGCGGCAUGCAACGGCACAGCGGCUAGAGCGGCAUGCAACGACACGGUGGCUGCAGUGACAUGCAAUGGCAUGACUAAGGCGGUUGCUAACGGAGUGGCCAGCCUCAAGACGUACGCGGUGGGCUCCAAGGCAACGCCCUACUUGUGGAACGCUCGCCUUGGACAUGUCCACUUCGAUGCGGUGAAGUGGACAGCCACGAACGGUGGCGUGUUAGGCAUGGACCUGGAGAAAGGAGGUGAGGAUAUGCCGUGCACCUCUUGCCAUGAAGCCAACCCACUCGCGAAUCAUUUCCGCUGCACGACGAGCCAGAGGCGCAGCAGGCCUAACAAGGGGGUGCCACCCGUACGGUUUCAACCAUCAGCCAUGAUGGCCCAGGAUGCGGACUAUGAGGACAACCCGUACGACGUGGCAUACUUUGCUGAGGACGAUUGCGACACGGACAGCGAUGACGAAGUGGAGUACUCGGACGAGGAUGAGGAGGAGGAAGGCGCUUGGGGAGGUGUCACCCUCGACCUGGCAGGUGCGUUGACCGGACCUGAAGGCAAGGAAUGGACACUUCUCCUGCACCAGAAUGCAUACGUGGCGAAGGUGCAGCAGCGGUUCUUCAAGGGGGCGCCACCAAAGAAGCAACCAAUCACUCCUCUCUCCUCUGCCAGCUUUGCCAAGCAGGAUGCCGGGCAGUUUGCCAACCGUACCAUGACCGAGUACUUGUCGAUUCUCGGCAUGGUGCAGUUUGCAACCAUCUCAACCCGUCCUGACCUCUGUUUUGCGUGCAACCGCCUUGCAGCAGGUGCACACCUCAGGUCGGAUGCGCAUUGGCAUGAGCUCUUCCGCACACUCUCCUACUGGGCUGCCUCACCAGACAUGGGGCUGCUGUUCAUAGGUGCUAAUGGCAAGAUGGCUAGAGCUAGAGAGGCUGGAGAGCAGGGGGGAGUUGCUGGUGGUGGAGUGGGGACGCACCAACCAUCAUGGUCUGCCCUUGCGAUCAACCUCAACUCUCAACAGCCACAGUGGAGCAUGGAUUACAUUCGCGCGCACAUCUUAGAGGAGGACUUGCGGCGGCGGAGUGUGGAGCGCUCGGAGGAAGGGGCUGGCUAUGGAGUUGGAGGUGGAAAGAGUGGCUUCAAGAAGAAGUGGAAGGGCAAGAACAAGGACAACCCUAAGGAGGAUGGCGGUGGGGGUCAAGGGGAGGUGUGCUAG